AUGUUAAUUUAUAAGAAAGCAACUCCUUAGGAACUAUAAAAGUAUAGGGAUGAUCAAGUGAAGAGUUGGAAAAAGGAGAAGGAUUUGUAACGAUUAACAGAGACCCAAGUCAACUAAAUGAUGGAUUUAUUUCUUUUAUUUGCUAGUCAGCGUACAUUUACAAUAAGAACAAAAGAUGUUGAAGCCUAAAAUACUCUUUUGAGAGUGAAUGAAGAAUCAACUUUAUUUUCGAAUGUAUUAUCAAAAAUGGUUCAGGUUGAUGAGGACCUAAACUUUAUCAAUUUUUUGAAGAUUUAUUUGCAGUGCAUUGGCGAGGCACAACAAGAGGAAUAAUUAAAACAAUUGUUUACAACUCUAACUGCGAAAGGAGCAAUCAAUUUGGAAGACCUAAAGAGACUGGCUUAAGAGUUGGAUCACUACCAUCUCAAAGAGGAAGACUUGAAUGAAAUUAUGAAGGUGAUUUCUGGGGAUGGCAAAGAAAUUACAGAAUAAGAUUUUAUAAGAUUUUAUACAUAGAUAAUAAUUAUGAUAAAAAUUAUAUAUAGGUUUAGUACAUAAUAAAUAAACUAUUACACUAUUCUUGAACUCAAUGCCACAUCUACCUAGAAACAGAUCAAACAAAACUAUCUGAAACUGGCCAAAAUCUAUCAUCCUGAUGUUUACAAGGGAAAUGAUACCAAUAGAUUCAAGCUCAUUUAGGAAGCCUACAACACACUUAAAACUCCAGAAAAACGGCAAUCAUAUGAUCAAACCAUAUUUAAGGAAAGAGCCUUUGCAAAUUAGGAGCGGUCUCAAAGCAGCGAAUCUGAAGAAACUACAUAGAAGAAUGAAUACACAGCUAAACAAACCAAAGAUGGGAUCAAUUUCACUUUCACAAAAAAGGAAUAUAAGGAGGCAACUGAAGAGAAGACUGUUGAGGAGGAUUUUAGAAAAUUUAUGUAGGAACCUCUAAAAAUUAAUCCAGAAGAAGUCAAAGUUUAUGAGAAUAUUGUUGCUAGACAAAUGACAAAGGAACACAAGGCUUAAGAUGAAUUCAUUAUUGCCAAAGAAAACAAAUGGAAAAUCUUCUUUUUCAAAGCACAUCAGAUUGGCUAUGCCUAAUAAGUUAAGGAUUAUAUUAAAGGUAUAAAUUAAUAGUGGCAAUAAAAAAAGAGUGAUACUGACGAGAUGAGAUAAUUGAAAAGGCAAAUGCAAAAGCGUGUUGCUAAUUCGAUUUUGUUCAUUUUUAUUGGGCUCUCUCUACCAUUCUUUUACUCCGCUUUAGCAAGAAGACAGGAAAUCGAUAAAGAUUUUAAAGAAGAUUUAGAUUUUCUUUACAAAGUGGCAGAUCAAAUGGAUUAUCUAGAAAUAUCCACCAGGUUUGUCUAUUGA